GAUGAAAUAAAUGAAGAGUUAUGAUAAAUUUGGUGAUUGAAAGUAAUAAUAAUAAUUAGAAAGAUGAGUGAUGAAAUAGAUUAACAUUUAGAGAUGCAAGAGACAAAUAUGAUGUUACUAUAACAAUUUGGGAAUGAGAGUGAGAAUUAAGAAGGAAUGAGUCCAUAUUAAUUUUCAGAGAAUUCUGAGUUAGGUUCUCCAAAGAAGAAAUCAAGAAAGAAAGAAAAGAUACUUGAAAAGCUGUUAUCAAAUAGAGCAAAAUUCAAUGAAAAAGUGAGUUUAUUCAAUCUAAUAAAUUCGCUAUAAUUAGUAUGGUUAUUGGAAAAGAAUAGGUAAUAACACUAUAUAAUUUGACAUCAAUAAUAAAUAUAGAAGGAUA